CUAUUGGAAGUGACUCUGCAGCAGCAGCAGCAGCAGCAGCAGUUGUUGAUGAUGCAGAGUUCACCCCCCUAGUCUCUGGAAGUCGCUUUGGGAGAAAAAGCCUCCGCUGAACGACUCGUUAAUAAUAAUAAUAAUAAUAAUAAUAAUAAUAAUAAUAAUAUCACGGAUAUGACAGAUGAAACGGUAGCCGUGUCAGUCCCGAGAUGAAGUGAUACCUUUUAUUGCAAAAACUCAACAAGAAUUAAUCACAAGACUUCACGACCUCAGACUGAAGAAGAAACCUUUGAAAUCUUGAGAUUAAUUAUUUGUCCGUGCAGUAAAAGGUAUCACUUCUUCUUCUCUUGUCUACAGAUGUGAUACAAUGCUUAGCCACCCCUCUAUAUUACUAUUUUUUAAAUUCAGCCUCAUUAAGCACAUUAUUAGGGUCUAAUUAAGCACAUUAUUAGCCAAACCAGCCGACACAGCAAGGGGUUAAUAUCAUGUGGGCUGCAAAAGGAAGUGAAAAUGAAAGUAAAAAGUACAAGGACGCAGGAGACAUUUUAUUUGAUUCGAACAACGAGAGAAAACGCCAUUAUCUAAGACGAAUGAGACACAAUUUUACUGAAAAUGGAAGUGCCAAGGCAAGAGGCUGGAGCAUUAGAGGGUGUACAAACACAAACUCCCAGCUCCUCUGAAAUCAGGAUUGUGUUGCUGGGGAAAACCGGAGUUGGGAAGAGUGCCUCAGGGAACACCAUUCUGGGAAGAAAAGAGUUUAAGUGGAAACUCAGCCCCAACUCAGAGACCAAGGAGUGUCUUAAGAAAAAAGGAGACGUUGCUGGAAGACCCGUUGCUGUGGUCGACACACCAGGUUUUUAUGAUACAGUCCUGCCUGUAAAAGAUGUUGUAACUGAGGUUGUGAAAUGCAUCACCCAGUCUGCCCCGGGACCCCACGCUUUCCUCCUGGUGAUACAGCUGGGACGAUUCACAGAGGAAGAGAAGAAAACAGUGAAGCUAAUCCAGGAGAUUUUCGGUGAGGGAGCUGGCAAGUACAUAAUGAUCCUUUUUACCCGAGUGGAUGAUCUAGAGGAAGAGGAGACGAUCGAGCAAUAUGUCAAAGCUGCUGAAGGUGAUCUCAAGAAACUGCUAAUGGAAUGUGGGAACAGGUAUCAUGCCUUCAACAACAAAGAAAAGAACGAUCGCACUCAGGUCACAAAGCUCAUAGAGAAAAUAGAGGCCAUGGUGACAGCAAACAACAACACCUACUACACCAGUGAGAUGUACCAGGAAGCAGAGGCAGCGAUACAAAAAAGAGAAGAAGAGAUCAUGAAGGAGAAGGAAGAGCAAAUAGACAGGGAGAGAGAGGAGCUGAAGGGAAAGUGCCUACAAGAGCUUCAAGAAGAAAUGGGGAAGAUAGAGAAAAUCCAAGAAGAAAAACAGAGAGAAAUGAGAAAGAGCGAGUUAGUGUUAGAGUGUGAGAAAAGACAAGAGAGAAAGUGGGCAUUUUUAUUGACACGUCACAGGGAAGAUGCAAGACAGGAAGCAGAAAACUCCAAUAGUUUCCUAAAGCUAUACAUAGAAAUUCUAUUUAUAGUGGUAAAAGGAGCAGCAGUGGCAAUAGCAGAGACAGGUGUAUUAGGGGAACGAACUGCAAAGGCAGUGAGAGAACGCUGUAUAACACAGUGAGGUCCAAUGGACCAGCCGCAGACAGUACCAAACAGCACACACACACCAUUUUUCAAUAGAAAUUCACAUGCAGGUCAAACAGGUUGAAGGGUAUUUUCUUUUUCUUUAAGCCACAAGAUUCCUGGGCCAAUUAUCAUAACUAUUGCUUGACAUGUUGGAAAAACACAACAAGUAGAGAAAAUCAGUUUAGAAUCAAUAGUGUGUUUCUAUAGAGCAGGGGCGUCCAAUCAAUCCGGUCCUGGAGGGCCAUUAUUCCACUCAGGUUUUACAGGUACAAUGAGAUCAUGAACUACUGCAGGGUCUGGAUGGGGGUUCAAUUGGUUCAAUUGAACAAUUUAGAGCAGGGCUGGAACAAAGACCAGGACUGGAAUUAUCAGCUUUGGCCACCCUGCUAUAGCGCAUGUAUUAGGAAUGUAUUGUUACACAGUGUAGUGUUUUUUAAAUAUUUCUUUAUGCUGCUUUUGUAACAAUUGUGAUUAUUAAAUGUUAAAUUCUGUAAUAGUCGAUGGUGUUGCUCAGGUACUGCUGUUAAAAUCUGUUCUAAUAAAAAGGUAUGUUUUGAAAUCCUC